AAUCAGUUUGUAUGGAAAAUAAGACUAACAAGAAAAGUCACCCCUUGAAUGCAUGCUAACAACAUUAAUUCAUGGUUGGUUUUCUAAUUUUUCUUUUUCUUUUUUAGGUGUAUAAGGCUAUAGGUGUAGGGUAUAUCCUCCGAGGGCUCUAGUUUGAGCAAGUUGUGAUAUAUGAGUGCUUGACUCUCCUAUUCUUUGGCUGUCUCAAAGCGGUAGAGCAACCUUGCAAGAUAUCAACCAUGUGUGACACUAUGCCUGCAUCCGUCGACCGACACCUUAAAUCUAGUCAAGAAGAAACUUCCGAGGAUGAGAGGAAAACAAGGCUUGGGACUCUUAAGAAGAAGGCAAUCAAUGCCUCCACCAAGUUUAGGCAUUCCUUUACUAAGAAGGGACGAAGAAACAGCAAGGUGAUGUCCGUCCCAAUCGAGGAUAACAUUGAUGCAGAGGAGUUAAAGGCAGUGGACGCAUUCCGCCAAGCACUUAUUUUGGAAGAACUACUGCCUGCAAAACACGAUGAUCAUCAUAUGAUGCUAAGAUUUUUAAAGGCCAGGAAAUUUGACAUUGAGAAGGCAAAGCAAAUGUGGACUGACAUGCUUCAGUGGAGAAAGGAAUUUGGAGCUGACACCAUCAUGGAGGACUUCGAUUUCAAGGAAAUUGAGGAAGUUUUGAAGUACUAUCCCCAAGGACAUCACGGAGUUGACAAGGAUGGACGGCCUGUCUACAUUGAGAGACUUGGUCAAGUCGAUUGUAACAAACUGAUGCAAGUGACAACAAUGGAACGCUACGUGAAGUACCAUGUUCGGGAGUUUGAGAGGACCUUUGUCAGUAAAUUCCCAGCAUGUUCUAUUGCAGCAAAGAAGCACAUUGAUCAGAGCACCACUAUUCUUGAUGUCCAAGGAGUGGGGUUUAAAAAUUUCAACAAAUCUGCAAGGGACCUCAUCCAGACCCUUCAGAACAUCGAUGGUGGCAGCUAUCCUGAGACCCUCAACCGUAUGUUCAUCAUCAAUGCUGGUUCCGGAUUUAGACUCUUAUGGAACACUGUGAAAUCUUUCCUUGAUCCAAAGACCACGGCAAAAAUCAAUGUUCUCGGAAACAAAUACCAGAGCAAGCUGCUUGAAAUAAUUGAUGGCAGCGAGCUGCCAGAGUUUCUAGGUGGCACUUGUACUUGUGCUGAUAAGGGUGGUUGUAUGCGCUCGGAUAAGGGCCCGUGGAACGAUCCAGACACAAUGAAGAUGGUUCAUAAUGGUGAGGCCAAAUGCUCAAGGAAGUCGUUAUCCAGCAUUGAGGAGAAGAUUAUCUCUGAAGAAGAGAAUGCAUCCUCAAAGAGAUACGAUUCUUUCAAAUCAAAAACCGUUGCAGAGGUUGACGUGCAUUUUCCAGUGGAGCAUCGAAGACUCUCUCGUCCACUUAAAAGGGUUUCAAUCGCGGACAAGAGCAGUCAAGCCUAUGAGUAUGACAACUUUGCGCCAAUGGUUGACAAGACUGUCGAUGCAAAUUGGCCUAAGUCAGUUCAUUAUGAUAAAUUUCCUACAGAAGGCUUCCCUGUGCAUGAUACUUCCAAGGCUCCUGGUGGACUAACCAAUCAGUUACUGUCUGGACUCAUGGCCUUCAUCAUGGGAAUUGUUGCCAUGGUUCGAUUUACGCGAACCAUGCCUAGAAAACUCACUGAUGCUGCCCUGUAUGGAAGCCCCGUUUACUACAACGGAGUGGUGGUUAAAGGCCAACCGUUGCCUGUGCCUGCCAUCUCUAGCACCGACUAUAUGAACAUGAUGAAGCGCAUGGCUGAACUGGAGGAGAAGCUAAAUGCUCUUAGCUCGAAACCAGCGGUCAUGCCACCUGACAAAGAGGAAAUGUUGAAUGCUGCUAUCAACCGCGUCAACACCUUGGAACAAGAGCUGUCAUCAACCAAGAAGGCACUUGAAGACACCCUUGUCCGACAGGAUGAGCUUAUCGCCCAACUUGAGAAAGAAAAAGAAGAAGUUUGGAUAGCGGUUGGUGGUGGCGAUGGUUCGAUUGUAAGGCCCCCCACGGAUGCGCUGUGGAAUGCAUUCGGUUCUAUGUUUGCUAGUUUGGUACUGUAA